GGCAUCUCAAGCGGUUAUUAAACAGGAUUGUCCCAGAUCGCGCCUCUAGUCCAUUACAUGCUUCCCCGCUGUAUCGCACUCUUGCUUACUUCGCUCUCGAGGCCCUAAUGCCCCUCCGCCGUACCUUCGUAUGGGGGCUAAAGGAGCAGGUAUUAUUGCAGUAGAGUUCACCAAGGCCUGUCUCACCUUGUCUAUAACUUAAGAGUCUCUUCAGUGCUCCCAUUCGACAUCAUAUCUAGCUCUGGGCUAAAGAGCUUUGAACUGCUUUCUGAGCUGAAUGGAAAGCUCACUCAAAUUUCGCCCUCAUGCCACUGCAUCAGCCCAAGCGCGUCGCGAUCAUUGGAGGCGGCUCUUCAGGAAUCUCUGCCUUUUGGGCCUUGCAGCACUCCACACACGACGUUCAUUUAUUCGAGGCCUCCUCCACUCUCGGUGGAAGGAUCAAAUCUGUGCCAUUUGAACACAAUGGACAUAGAGUCGAUGUGGAUACGGAGUCAUUAUCAUUCAAUACCGAGACCUGCCCCAACCUCGCGUCCCUUCUUUGUCAUCUGAGGGUAGAAACAUCAGAAGUUCCAUUCUGUUUCGGCGCAUCAGAUUGCACAGGCUCUUUUUCAUGGCAUGAGAGCAUCUUGAAAGAUAUCAUUCAGCAGCCAUGGAUCCUAUUCAGCCUAGAGACAUACCGCACAUUGAUGGACAUCAUCUGGCUAAAGUACAUGGCCAUAGACGUCCUAGCAGACUGUUCUAGGUUCUCCAAGACAAAAAACACCCAACGGGUAUGCAACACGCACGCGUAUCUCGCAGACGAAGGGUACUCGAGCGGCUUCACUGACAAGUACCUAACACCGCUGCUCUCAAUGCUGUGGAAGACAAAUGCUAGCCGGCUUCUUCCGCAGCUCCCAGUGGACGCCAUGCUUAACUGUUUAUAUGACCACCGACUGCUCUAUCCGCGACAGGCAAGGCCUCAGUGGCGGCGCAUUGACACAAAAGCAACCGAGUUUGUCCAAGCCAUGACUCAGGGCUUUCCUCCAGAAAAGGUGCAUCUCAACACCCGGGUACGGGGAAUUCGCCAGUUUAAUGGGAAGCAAUAUAGCCUCCUAGGCGCUGAUGACCAAGAGAUGGUCUUUGACCAUGUCAUACUGGCCGUAGACGGCCACGAAAUACUAAAUAUCCUAGGCCGCUGCCUAGAUAUAGAGGAAACGAGUAUAAUCCAGGACCUGGCAACUUCAAGGAACAUUGCUAUCCUACAUUCAGAUCCCAUCCUCAACCUAAGUUGCAAUCCGCAAUGGCCCGCCUCCAACUACACCACCGACCCCCACAGCCGCUACGGCCAUCAAUGCGCAGUCUCCUCCCACCCGACACUCCCUAAAUCCUGCCUCACAUACAACGUGAACAUGCUCCAAGACCUCCCAACCUACCUCUUCGGCCGCGUGUUCAUCACGCUAAACCCGUUCACACCACCGCAUCCCGGCCUCGUCCAAGGGAUAUGGGAGUUCACAGACGCCGAACCCAGCGUCACUUCCCUCUACGCACAGCAGUGUUUACCCUCCAUCCAGAACGAACGGGGCUUAAGCUAUUGCUACUCCUGGACCGGUCGUGGCAAUCUCGAAGAUGCCAUUACUGCUAGCUUUGAAAUCGCCAUUGAACACUUGGGUGCUCGGGUGCCGUUUUCGGUAGACUACCAUGGCACACCUGCGAAUUCGGCACCAUUGGUAGUCAGUUUGGGAUUGAGAGGAAACCUGAUCCGCAUAGCGCUUAGACUACUCCGUCUGUAUGCACUUCUUUUGGGACUACUUUUUGUCUUCUUGCGGGUUGUUUGGGGUAAGACGGUGUCGGUUGCGUACUAUUUCGGUCUGAUGUUGCCUGUGAUCAGAAGCAAGAAGCAAACCUGAUCACCCGAGGCCCAGGAUAUUUCUGUCUCACCCUCCGCCAUUUGUAC